CCAAGUACAAUAACCGAUUUAAAUUCUAUGUGACUAACCAAACUAUUUAAAUUUUUGUGUGUGCUUUUUCCGCUUAAUUUUUUUUUGCUAUUUAAAAUGUUCAGAAAGCACAUACGCGGUUUGUUAUUGACGGGUGGAUGCUUGAUACUACAAGGUUGUGUUAGAACAAUUAGAAUAAUGGCACAAAAUAAAAUCUUAAUGUUUACGGACGUUUGCGGAAAGAAUAUCAAGAUAUCCGAAAUGUAUAAGAGCUAUGGCAACACACAGAACAUUUCUGCAAAAAUGGAAAAUAUUUUGAAAACGAGAGUCCAUCCUAUCAACACUAUUAAUAUGGAAUUUCAUUACUCGCGUUUAUGGACUUGCCUGCUGAAGCUGUCUCUGAAAGAAGAACUUACAUUUAAAGGUUUAGGAGUUACUAAACGAACCGCAGAGCACAAUAGCAGAUUGGCCGCACUGUUGUGGCUCGAAAAAUCUCAGAAUUUAAUAAGUCAUGAGGAAACGAUUACAAAUUUAAAAGUGCCUCAGAAAAAAAUUGGUAGAGUUGUAAGUAGCAGACUCAGGCAGAAGAAACCUAAAAGUUUGUUCAAGCUUUCUGUAAAUGACAGACUUAAAGGCUACAAGCAGGAUAUCAAGGGUGAUCUGGAUAAGGCUAGCAAAACUUUGUUAAAUAGUAAUUUAAGAAUUAAACUUAUGCAAAAUAGGCACAUGACCACAAAUGCAAUUAAUGAAGAAAAAAUUCAACCUGUAAAUGAAACAAGAAAAAAUGAUCUUGUUUAUGUAAAUACUCCCACCAUUCAAGAACUUCACCAAAAAUUCCCCAAUCCCAAGCAGACUUUAAAUAACUUCUAUCAGAUAGUUACAGAACAAAGGAAGGAUAAGUCCCUGAAACCCUCUCCCAUCUACAAAGCUGUCAAGGAGAAAGGGGUGUGGCUUUGCACUUACCCAGUAAAGUGGCCUACAGAAUGCAGAGUAUGUGCUACUGGCAAAACGAAACAAACUGCAUCUACACAUGCUGCCUUACGGACCUUGCAAUUCCUGAAAGAUGAAAAAAGGAUUACAGAAGAUGGGAUGCCCAUAGUAUACUCCAAGGAAGAUGUGAAGAGAAUUAUUAGGGAGACUCACGAAGUGCUAGAUUUGUCCAACGUGUUGCCCAACAUGCAGAAUAUUAUAGAUAUCUAUACAGAGAGAAUUUUGCCACGCAUUAAAGAUACAGAGGUGGUUGAGCCUGAAAUUAGGAAAAUUAGCUCCACUGAAGACAAUCUUGAUAUUGCGGGUAGCCACAAACAGCGUUUUAUGGGGUUGAAGGAGUAUUUAUCCAGAGAGAAGGUGGAUUUGCCUAUUGCAAGAUACAAGGAAAGCUUCAUGGACCUGAUGCGCGAUAACAGCGUGAUUAUAAUAAAAGGGGAACCAGGGUGUGGCAAGAGCACUAGAAUUCCCCAAUAUGUUCUGGAACAUUGGGCCAGGGAGGUGUACCCCGACAAUACACAUUGUCGUAUAGCUGUGGCCCAACCACGCAAAAUUGCCGCCAUUUCUUUGGCCGAGCGGGUCGCGGCGGAAAGGGAUGAUGCGGUCGGUCGUAUAGUGGGUUACCAAGUGCGCUUCCAAAACGACUUUAACUCCCACACGGGCAGGAUUUUAUACUGCACGUCCGGAAUUUUGAUCCGACACCUACAGUCGGACCCUUACUUGCGUAAAUUCACACACGUCAUCCUGGACGAGGCUCACGAGCGUGACGUCAACAUCGAUCUGCUGAUGAGCCUUUUGAAGAUCGCGCUCAAAGCAAACGCGAAAUUUAAACUCAUCAUCAUGAGCGCCACCAUCGACACCGACGAGUUCCAGCGGUACUACGAAGGCGCGGCCGUUUUGAAUGUGCCCGGCUUCACUUACCCGGUGACGCAGCAGUUUUUGGACAAUUGUCCGUUGGACGUCUCUAUGACGUUGAAAAUGUGCGAGUCCGAGUAUCCGAACGUUUGUCACGAAGACAUCGCAAAGGUGGUACAUCACAUUCACCAAACGAAAAAGGAAGGCGCCAUCUUGGUAUUUUUGCCGGGCUGGGAAGAUAUAACGAAGGUCCAGGCGCUGCUGCCCCGACGAAACGACAUGGCCGUCUACUGCUUGCACUCGAAGCUAAAGAACACGGAGCAAAUGAGGAUAUUCCGGAAACCACCGCCCGGGAUACGUAAAGUAAUCCUGUCGACCAACAUCGCCGAGACUUCGAUCACCAUCGACGAUGUGGUCUACGUGGUGGACAGCGGAAUAUUUAAGAACAAAGUUUUCGACUCAGAACGAGGGAUAAACGUAAUGGACCAAUAUUGGAUCGCGAAGGCGAACGUGACCCAACGGUCCGGGAGGGCGGGUAGGUGCCGUCCCGGCGAGUCAUACCACAUGUAUCCGCGGUCGAAGUUCGACACGUUCCGGGACUACAAGUUACCGGACAUUUUGGGCACGUCGCUGACGAAAAUCGUCCUGGAUUCGAAAACGUUCCCGGGUAAUAGGGACGCGGUGGAGUUUAUGAAUGAGCUGCCGACCCCGCCCGAAACGUCUGCGGUAGUGCAGGCCGUCCGCGAGCUUAAAGACAUGGAGCUGCUCGACGCCGACGAAAAUCUGACACCGUUGGGACGCACUCUCGUUCACUUCCAGCUGGAACCCAAGCUGGCAAAGACGAUGGUAAAUUCGGUGGUAUACAAAUGCGUCACGCCGAUUGUCGACGUAGUGACGCUUUUCUCGUCGGACGUCGACAUCUUCGCAUCGACGCUGACCGACAAGGGUACCGUCCAAGCCGUUAAAAAACAGUUCAGCAAAACCAGUGACCAUUUGGCGAUGAUGAGGCUCCUCGAAAAGUGGCUUGAGCUGGUCGAAGAAACGGACGACGUCACGGUGGAGAGGUUCUGCUCACGUUUUAAUUUGGCAUCCCAGAGGCUCGAAUACAUUGCAAAAUUAAGGGCCGUUCAUUUUGAUUACCUGUACAACGGCCUGUACGAGGCGAUGCCGAUAGCAGACGACCUUUCGGACAACGACGCCCUCGUGCUGUCCGUCUUGUAUUCGGGUGUCGGCACGGUUCUGCAGCAUCGCAACUGGGACGUCAGCAAAAGCAGACUUAAAACCAAUACCAACCGUUUGAUUACAAAAAAUAAUCACAAGGCUACCAUUGGCUCGGAGAGCGUGAACUUCAAGAGACACGCGUUUCCAUCCAAGUAUUUAGUGUAUAUCAACGAGACCCGAUCGAACUUCCGAAAAACCACCUUAGUGCGGGAAUGUAGCCUCAUACCGACGGUCAGCGUCCUGCUGUUCAGCAACAAAGACGUGUAUAUAAAAACGUUAGGUGACGAGGAACGAGCCUCUGAAGAAAUGGCGGUGAUCGGCGUAAACGACAGCCACGUGACGUGCACGUGCGACAAGAGCCAAGCGGAGAUGCUCGCGCGGUGCAAACAGGCUAUGAAACACACUUACGACUUCCUGAUUGGUCAGUUGACCCGAGUGGACGGUGACACCGGUGCGGUUGGCGAGGCGUGGCAGGCAAUUUUGAAGGAGGUCGACACGAUACUUCACGCGUUUAAAGUAGACUAGAAAGGCGGUUCGAGCGUUGAGUUUUGUGAUAUAGUCAAAGUUAUGUUCAAGUUAAGUGUCAUCCCGUUGGUUAGCGUUGUCCAAAGUUGUGUUUAAGUUAAGCGUAAUACUGUUCCGUUAAAAAGAUCGAGAAGCGACGAAUGUUUUAUCCUUCCGAUUUGUCUAAUGUUUUUGUAUUUUGUUUAAAUGAAAUAAAUAUUUGUUGACAUAUUCUUG